UCUCCCCCCUCAUCUCCCCCAUCCUUCCAUUCCAUCCAUGGCAUCACCUCCAUAAAUUUCUCUCUGCUCCUCCAUGCCCUUGCCUAUUCUUUUUUACCAGAAAAGGAAAAGUUUGGAAGGAGAAGAGCAGCUGCCCUCCACUACCUCACUCCACUCUCCCCCCCUACCUAACCUACUUGCUCCACACCAGAGAGAGCCCCAAACCAUCUCAUCUCAUCCUCUUCCGAUUCCCUGCUCGCCCAUAAUUAUUCCAAGAGCACUGGAGCCUGUUGAUCUGCUUGCUCCAAGAAUUUUUCUUUCAUCUCUGUGGGAUUUUGGCUCCAGCUGUUGCUGAAGUGAUGCUGGAGGAAACGGCAUUGCAAUGGCGGGCUGAUCUUCUGCAAGCAAUGGAGUGAAUACUGGUCUGUUUUUCUUGUCCUGACCUGGGGAAUCUCGGGUAGUGGGGGAUGGCCUAUUCUGGACUAAGGCAUGGCGGCGUUGGGAGCUCCUCUCGGCCGGGACAUGGAUUCAAGGGCCCGGCUAGUUCGGUUGAAUGUCUAGGAAGGGAGAUGCUGGAAAUGCAAUUGAGGGAUUCCAAACCAGAUGUUGGUGAUGAAAAGAACACUGAACGAGAUGUAGUCGACGGCUCUAGCGCUGAAGCUGGUCACAUAAUAGCUACUACGAUCCGUGGCCGAAAUGGUCUACCUAAACAGUCUGUCACUUAUAUUGCUGAGCAUGUGGUCGGAACUGGUUCUUUUGGGGUUGUAUAUCAGGCCAAAUGUCGAGAAACAGGAGAAAUUGUUGCCAUUAAAAAGGUUCUUCAAGAUAAACGUUACAAGAACAGGGAAUUGCAAAUUAUGCAUAUGCUGGAUCAUCCUAAUAUUGUUGGUCUUAAGCAUUACUUCUUCUCAACCACUGAAAGGGAUGAACUUUACCUCAAUCUUGUCCUUGAGUAUGUUCCAGAGACAGUAAACCGAAUUGCGAGACAGUACAGCAGAAUGAAUCAACGGGUGCCCCUCAUUUAUGUCAAAUUAUACACUUAUCAGAUAUGCCGAGCACUUGCUUACAUACAUAACUGUGUUGGCAUCUGCCACCGUGAUAUAAAACCACAGAAUGUUCUUGUUAACCCACAUACACACCAGCUCAAAAUAUGUGAUUUUGGCAGUGCAAAAGUUUUGGUCAAAGGAGAGCCAAAUAUCUCCUACAUAUGCUCAAGAUAUUACAGGGCACCAGAGCUCAUAUUUGGUGCAACUGAAUAUACUACUGCCAUUGAUUUGUGGUCUACAGGCUGUGUCAUGGCAGAGCUUCUGCUUGGACAGCCUCUGUUCCCUGGGGAAAGUGGAGUUGAUCAGCUGGUCGAGAUUAUCAAGGUUUUGGGUACUCCAACAAGGGAAGAGAUCAAGUGCAUGAAUCCGAACUACACGGAGUUCAAAUUCCCUCAAAUUAAGGCUCAUCCAUGGCACAAGGUUUUCCAAAAAAGGCUUCCACCUGAAGCAGUGGACCUUGUAAGCAGGUUUCUGCAAUACUCACCAAAUCUUCGGUGCACCGCUAUGGAAGCCUGCAUGCACCCUUUCUUUGAUGAGUUGAGAGAUCCAAACACUCGUCUACCUAAUGGGCGUCCUCUUCCUCCUCUCUUCAACUUCAGAACACAAGAGCUAAAUGGCAUCCCUCCAGAAGCCAUCGAACGUCUGGUUCCCGAGCAUGCGAGAAGGCAGAGUUUGUUCAUGGCGCUGCGCACCUAGUUCUCUAGCUCUUCUUUUUUCGCAGUUUUUCUUCCUGAGGGAAGCUCUGUAAAGGUGUAGUGGCUUCUAUGUGCCCAUCUCAGUGUGGAUAAGGUCUUUGGCUAGAGUUGUUGUUGUUGUUGUUCAUGGCAGGAUGUGAUGUGAGUGAGGUUGGAGAAGAAGAGGCUUGUGCUUUGGUGUGCUUGUGCAGUUGGUUUGAGGUUGGAAUCUAUGCUUCAGGGUUCCAGGCUGUGUAACUCCUCCAGUUCUCUUUGGACUUUGGUUUGAAGAUUGUGUGCAGUAACAGUGCUUGGUUCAACUUCAGUUCAGAGUGGUCUGGUGAUGAUAAAGAAAAUCAUUCAGAAAGUUUUGUUUAUGUUCA